UCACAUCCAAGAUGGAGACCGUAAAUGCUGGACAUAUGAUGAGCUUAGCAGCUCUACAGAGACAAGACCCGUACAUAAACAAACUGCUCGAUGUUACCGGCCAGGUGGCUCUUUACAACUUCAACUCCAAAGCGAAUGAAUGGGAGAAGACCGAAAUCGAGGGCACCCUGUUUGUUUAUGCGAGGUCUGCCUCGCCUCGCCAUGGCUUCACCAUCAUGAACCGACUGAGCACAGAGAACCUGGUGGAGCCGAUCAACAAAGACCUGGAGUUCCAGCUGCAGGAUCCCUUCCUGCUCUACAGGAACGGCAACUUGGGUAUCUACAGUAUUUGGUUCUAUGACAAGAAGGACUGUCAACGCAUCGCUCAGCUGAUGGUCAAGAUUGUGAAACAAGAAGCAGACCAUGCCCAGAGAGAGUCACCAGAGAGGGCAGAGCCACGGAGGACCAAUGGUGUCGCAGAACCGCGGCCCAUCGACAUCCUGGAACUCCUCAGCAAAGCCAAGGAGGAAUACCAAAGAGCUCAGACAGGUGAAACAGAUGUGUCUGCAGAGCUUAAUAUGAAAGCAGUGAUCAAUCCCACAGAGCAUGCACACAGCACACCACAACCUGAAAAGAGCUCCCAUACAAUAGUGAAGCAGAUCACAGUUGAGGAACUCUUUGGCUCAUCGCUCCCUAAAGACCCUUCUCUACCCACCAUGCCCACACAGAACACCCCCACUGUUUCCACUGACCCCUCCACUGCGUACCUCCAGAACCAGCCUUUUCCCACUCCAGCCCACCAAAACCUCCUCCCUCCCCAUCUGGCAGUGCAAGACCCUGGAUCAAACCAGCGGCACCAAGCCCCUGGCCUGCUCCCAGCUCAAUACACACUGCACCCCAGCCCUGUUUUCCAGGCAGUGGCCCCCAGGUCAGACCCCCAACCUCUGUGCUCGGUCUCCCCUCUCAUGAUGCCUCCAGCUGCCUCAGAGCCUCGUGCUGCUCCCCCUGGUCCUGUAGCACCGUCAGCGGCCCCUACGGCCUAUUUGGGACAGGAGAUACUCAGCACGCUCAAACCAGCAGUGCCAUCUGUGAGUUCGGAAAUCCACAAACCCAUCCUCGCACCCAACUUCCUGCCAAGCACGCUAUUCCCACCCCACAGCUUCCAAGAGCCCAUGGGGAAACCCAUCCUCCAGCAUGGCAAGGAGAUGGAUGUUUUCUCUCAGCCGCCAAACCUGAUCAAACCAGCGUCUGCUGUCCCCAUGAGUCCAGGUCUUGCUGUUCCAGGGCCAGAGAUUUCUGUGCUUCUCUCCCCCAGCGCCUUCCAGCAGUCAAUCAAUAAGACAGCAGCAUCAGUGGUCCCUCCUGCCCCCUCCGAGCCCUCCUCCACCUCUGCAGGAGCUGUAGAGCCUACACAAGCCCCCUGCAGCAAAACACAGCUACAGGAGACUCUGAUACACCUCAUUAAGAACGACCCGGACUUCCUCGGUGCCAUUCAUGAUGCUUACCUGCAGAGUCUGUCCAAGGACUUCAGCAACAUGAAGCUAUAGUUCACCCACCACCGCUGUUACUUUCAGUUAUUGGGAGUUAAAGGAAGUGCAGACAACAGGUUUUUGACACACUGUACACCACAGCUCUUCAGAACCCCUCUCUGCUCUGAGGGUUAUUAUUAGCAUGCACUGCACCAUUUAACCCUCUGUUCCCGACUCAGAACUUUUUGAGUCCUCACCUGAACACUGACGCUGUCCCGGCUACUCUUGUUAUCUGGGAUCGACUUUUUGUCCUCUUAAAUCAAACACAACUACUGUGGCGAGCUGUGUGAGACAAAACUUCUCAGUGUGGCAUUGAGUUUUCAUUCUUGCUUUAGAAAUGUUAUAAAACUGUCGGCCACGUGCCUGUAAAGUCUAGCUGUUGCUGAUUGCAUUCACUUGAGGAGGUGACCACAGGUUGGGGUUUCUGUGAUUUCAGAUCAUUUCAUUUCUGACCUUGGGACAGACGAUUUUUCAGCUUGAACAUAAUGGAAAUCGCUGUCUCUGCUCCUCUUCCUCAUCUCACAUUGUUGGAGUUUUGGCAGUGCGAGAGUAUGGAACCAGUGGUAACACACUCCAGCUGCCUAUUGAGAAAAAGACCACAGUGCUGGGGGACCUCGGAACUGUUUUUGCAGAGAAACUGUCCCACUAUGUGGCGUUAAAAAUGACUGCUCCUCCAUUCACGUAUUCACUUAUUGAUCCUUCUCCCUCAGUGUAAUGACGAGGCCCGUAUAGUUUUGGUAACGCCACAGAGACACAAAGCAGCCGUUUCGGUUUUUGUGGCAUUUUGUGUUUGUCAGCAUCUCUUAAAUAAGGAGAAGAUUGUCAAGGGAUUUUUUUUUUCAACCCUUGGCUCAGAAAGAUAAAGAACUUCCAUUAUUGUUUGGAGAAGCACUUGCAGCUUUGAGCUCAAACUAAGAAUCAGUUUCUCUCGGCUGCUGUUUUAAUGCUUUGUCAGAGACUGUGACAUGUUUAUAAAGACACACAGAUGAAUACGCAACCAGCUUCUUUGCUACCUUUCCUUUUUCCACAUUUCUCCUGAUCCUUGCUCGCUCUUUGUCAUUCUCCUCGCCUGUGCCGUUCAUCUCUCCUCCACCAGCUGAGCUCACAGUACUUGAAGUUCUUGGAGGGGAAUGUGCAAUAGACAACAGUCGCGACGCCUUUAGGGAAACCAGCAUUUUGGGAUAUUUUAGGAUGGGACAAUAGAGCUAAGUUUAUGUCAGCCUCUGGGUUCUGGUACUGCAACUGAGCUAUAAUUUAAAUCACACAAAAAUGCCAUUCAUUUUGGAUUAUUGAUUGCAUUCAUUCCUUUAAUAUUAAAAUGCUUAGAAAAUAGAGGAAACAAAUGAUUGAUAUGCUUUUUAUGGCGUCAGUAUGUUUCAAACCAUUGUGUUUAUGCCAGUAAUCCAAACUAAUGAUGAAAAAAAUAAACUACCUCCAUUCCUGUCUUUAUUUUUCCAGCUCACACUUAAGUCUUCAGUCACAAAGACUUGAAGGCAAAACAAAUUGUGGUAAUUUGGCUUUUUGCAGUAAAAGGCUACUGCAGCACAGAACAGUGAGCCCUGCACACCAUAGUGGGAGCAGAAAGAAACACUCCUGUUUCCUCCUCAGUGCAGUGCUGGGUGGCUGCUGAUGCUGUAGUGUGCAUCAGCAAUUCAGCUUUCAGAUGUUUUUUUUUUUUUUUUUUUUUUAAAAAGGUUUAGUGUGUGUUUCUUUUUUCUUCUUUUUUUAGCAAGCACAACAGAUUACUAAUAGUUUACCCUGUUGUCCCAAACUGCACAGAUAACCAUUAAAGGAGUCUACGAAUAAUGUAAAAGCAUGAAAAUGUAAGUUGUGAGGUUUUCUAUCAUAUGGUACAGUGAUGUUUGACACCAGUAGUCACUUCAUGGAAAGUCAGGAUACUUUUUCACAUGUUACCGAUCAGACAUCUGCACCAUAGUUCUCCAAACAUACCCAGUCAUUCCAGAUGAAAAUAAAUGUUAGAAGAAGACCUUUAAGUUUUGAAAACGACAUGCAGAGAUUUCCGUGUCACUUGUGGAACAUGCAGAAAAUCAUAUUAUCAACAAAAUAGUGAAGUGAUAAGAUUUUCUGCAUAAAUACGUGUCUUGAUUGUGAUAGCACAACUUUGCAUUUGGCUCUGCUAUUUGAAUGUAUUUGAUGUUUACUCACAGUCUGUGCCAGCCUUGUUUUCCUCUGUGUCCUGCAUAGCUAGGUUGAACUCAGACCCACAUGCUUUCAGUGCCAGCUGUAACAGUGUUUUUCGUUCCCUUUUUAUACUGCCUAAAUUUAUUUUAAAGUCAUGAUGAAAAAGGACACGUCUGCAGCCAGGAAGCAAAUCAAAUCAUUCGUUCACCUCCCUGUUAAAUCUUUCAUUUCAGAGGUCAUCUUGCCAACAUUUCUGGCAUGUGUUGGUUAAAUAAACGCACACAGGAGGAAUGACUGAAAUGUAGACUUUUUUAAAUCCCAGUCACAUAUUUAAGAUUUUAAGAUUAUUUUAUGCUUUGGAAUAAUUUAUGUUAUUGGCCAGAGAUAUGAUUUUGGGAAAGUCAUUGCAAAUUACAUUAAUUUUCUAAGAUUGUUGUCACUGUGCAUAAUUUGGUUUAUUAUGACUAUUUUGUGAUAUUAAAGAUUUGAAAAUAGGG